GCGUCACUCCCCAAAUUCCCCUUCAGAGACACAGAUUCAGGCUCAGAUUCAAAUUCAAUUUCAGAAUCGAAAACAGGAAUGGUUCUGGAGAUUGUGGAGCCCAACACUUGUGUCCGAGGCUGUUGCCGUAGCGAAACAAUCCCGCUCCAUCUCCUCCAUUCAUCCUAUUCCCUUUCUUCGCCAAUCGCCAAAGGUGCAGAGAGCGUGGUGUACGAGGGCAUUCUGGAUGGGAAAAAGGUAGCCAUAAAAAAACCAGUGCUGUCUACAUCCGAUGAUCUUGAUAAGUUCCACAAAGAGUUGCAAUUGCUCAGCAAGUUGGAUCAUCCGGGGAUAAUAAAGCUGCUGGCGGCGCAUGCCAAGCCGCCUAACUAUAUGUUUUUUUUUGAGCUCUAUGAGGCCGGAAACCUUUUGCAGAAACUACACGUGGAAGAAGAGAGUUUGAACGUCGCCCAAGUCAUCAAAAUCUCUUCACAAUUAGCAAAUUCCUUGCUCUAUCUGCAUAACCUUGGGGUCGUUCAUCGCGACGUGAAACCAGCAAAUAUUCUUCUUACGAAGAAUCUUCAUCCCCAUCUAGCCGACUUUGGCUUGGCUGAAUACAAGAACGAUCUUAAACAAGUCUCUGUUUCGAACUGGAAAUCCGCCGGAAAACCAACCGGUGGUUUCCAUAAAAAGAAUAUGGUUGGAACGCUGAUUUACAUGGCGCCCGAGGUACUACAGAAAGCGAUUCAUACUGAAAAAUCGGAUGUCUAUAGUUUUAGCGUUACUGUCAACGAACUUCUUACUGGCGUAGUACCGUAUACUGAUCUUCGAGCAGAGGCACAGGCCCAUACGGUAUUGGAAAUGCACUACACUGAACAGCAACUUACGGCUGCUGUGGUGUCGCAAGGCCUGAGACCCGUUCUCGCCGGUCCUGAAUUGAACGUGCCGGCUCGAUUGCAGUCGCUCAUACAAAAAUGUUGGGAUGCGGAUCCUGAUAAUAGGCCUUCCUUCGAAGACAUUGUUUUUGAGCUUGAUGCAAUGCUGGAUUCCGUAGAAAGCAAAAUCGACAAAGAAGAUACGUUCGCUGGCUCCGUUAAAUCAUUUGGACAUUCGGAUACGACUAGCAUUGGCAAUUACGAAGAGCCCGCUAAUUGGUUUGCUCGAGGUCGAAGGUUUUGUGAAACCGCGAAUCCUUCCACUGAAAACAUUGCUUCUGCUUGGCUUUCAUCGAAAAAUGCAGAUUAUCGACCAGUCUUAUCUUCGGGUUCCUUCUCGACUACCGGGAGACGUGAAAACAUGGAGGAUACACACUUUAUGAUACCCAAUUUUUGCAACGAAAGAGACGUGCACUUAUUUGGAAUUUUCGAUGGGCAUCGAGGUGCCGAAGCUGCUGAGUAUUCGGCCGGAGCGCUACCUAAUAUUUUACAAUCAUUGGCAUCGACAACAAGUCCAUCUGAAGCGCUGCGAGAAGCAUUUCUGAAGACGGAUACUUAUUUUAGGAACGAAAUGAAUUCCUGUCGAAAGUUAAAGCAUAGCGGCAUACAGAAAGACCGGCACCCCGGCUGUACUGCAGUAGCCGCUUUAAUAAAUAAAGACAAGGUUUUUGUUGCAAAUGCCGGCGAUUGCAGAGCAAUACUAUGUCGAUCGGGAAAUUCCUACACGUUAACCAGGGAUCUUGUGGCGAGCUGUCCCGACGAGAGAGAGCGCAUCAUCCGCGCGGGUGGCGAAGUCGUGUGGCAAGUAGAUACAUGGCGAGUCGGUCGUGCAGCCCUCCAGGUUACGCGGUCCAUUGGCGACAAUGAUUUAAAACCAUUCGUAACCGCGGAGCCUGAGAUAACCGAAACUUCUCUAUCUGCCGAGGAUGAAUAUAUGGUAAUGGCGAGCGACGGGCUAUGGGAUGCCAUGAGCAACUCGGAUGUGAUCGGAAUAAUCAAAGACACCGUUAAAGAGCCUGGGAUGUGCGCCAAGCGACUGGCGACGGAAGCUAUUCAACGAGGCAGCAAAGAUAACAUAACGGUCAUCGUUGUUUUCCUCCGCCCGGUCAUGACUGCCGAGAGGAUUUACUAACUUCGCCGUCCAGCUAUUUCUUUUUUUUUUUUUGGGUAAGCUGUUUUUUUAGUUCAGUAACUGGACCCCUUUAUCAUUUUAGUCCCGUAAGUAGAGCCUGUCGCAAACUAGUCUCAUAAGUGAAAAAAUUUCGUUGUUUUAGUCCACCGACGCCGAAGACGCUCGCGUGGCUCGCCGUAAACUGUGAAUGAGUUUCUGAAUCUUCAUUUCUAAUAUUUUAAAAUUACAAAUAUCUUCAUUUCCUCUUA